UCGCCCCCAACAUCACACUGACUGGUUAAGAUGAGCAGUGUAAUCUCAGUAUCACAGGCAGUGAGUGAGCCGACAGUAUAGAGGAUGCUGGCUGACGGUGAUGCGCACCAAACGGCUGCUGGCUGCUUCGCUCUCAGGACUUACAUGAAGAUUGAUGGGGCGUUUGCGUAACGGCAAAGCGAUGGCUUCUCCCGCUCUUUACCAGCUUUUUGGCUCGUGGUUGUAUUGCGGAAGACCGACGUAACACCUAAAGGAAUUGUUUGCGGAAUUCCCAAAAAAAAUUAACAGGCUGCAGACUUGUUUUCAACAACAUCAGGGAGGCUUGACGCUUGAUCGCUUGGAGAUUGUGGUGCAAAAAAAUCGUUUUGAAAUGUCCGACUUCCACAACCGGAGCCAAACCAGCGCACGUCGCAGUGACUACGUGUGGCAGUAUGAAUAUUACGACGAUGAGGAGCCCGUGUCGUUUGAGGGACUCAAAGCGCACAGAUACUCCAUCGUCAUCGGCUUCUGGGUCGGACUUGCUGUGUUUGUCAUUUUCAUGUUCUUUGUUCUCACGCUGCUCACAAAGACAGGAGCGCCACAUCAAGAAAAUCCAGACUCUGCUGAAAAGCGCCAUCGACCAGGCAGCUGUCUGGUAGACAUCGGCAGCCCCCAGGACGAAAAUGACAAAGCCUUUUCUCGCCCUCUGCUAGCCGAGUCCCGCUCUUAUUUUCAUUUCUACAUCAACGAGGAAGAUCAGGGUCAGGGGAAGCAAAAACCAGGGGACGAGAGGGUCGGAAAGCACAGCGGGGCUCGUGGCCAGCAGGGGACCAGAGGUGUCAGCUCGUCUGGGAUGAUGGACGAGAUGGAAGAGGACGCCGAAGAAGCUCGGGGACACCAACCUCUCAAGGGACUAAUAGAUGAGGGUAAGACCGACAGAGAAUGUGCCUUCUUUUCCCACUUCAACAUCCCUAACUUUGUGAACUUGGAGCACAGUUCGACACUUGGAGAGGAUGAUCUGCUGUAUGAGCCGUCCGCCAUCCUGGAGCGCAAGUCUCACUCUCAGGAUGAUCACUGUGACAUCCGCUAAGGCUGUUUCCACAAAAGGCAUGGACAUAGUGUCAGUGUAUUUGCUUUCCGUUCACAUGGCCAUUUGUGAUCCGAAACACACACAUCUGCCGCACAGCUAUAUAUUUUUUGCCUUAAAAGAAUCUCUGCUUGGAGCUUUUAGCCUUUUCAGUGAGCCUACAUUCAGAUCAACAAACAAGGGUACAGGACACGACCCAAAACUCCAUAUUCAGUGUGACUCACAGUUAUAAGAUGGCCUUUCUCCCUGAAGAUAAAAUAGCCUCACAAAUUUUCCCUUUUACUUCGAAUAUCAGGCUCCUCUCUGAAGUGGAUAUGGCCGUAUUGUACCUGGAGUAGAUGCCGUUCCACACAGUGAAAUGAGAGGACGAAGGCUCACCAGGGAGAGAUGCUUUGUGCAAUUCAUUCAGCUGUUACUGCUGUCCUGCUUUCUUGUGCAAUUCUGGACAAUGGACAUUAUCUCUCCAACGGGGCAUAAGUCCCAGUUGGUCAACAUUCUGCAUUAAAGGCAUGGAAUUCAUUUUUUUGUUUGUUUUAAAAUGAAGUGCCCUCUGUUAAGGUGAAGUGUACUUUGACCUUGUGAUUAGUAGCACAAAAUCAAACAUAUCAUUGUUCUAAUACAAGGAAGAUAACCUGAGAGCUUGGAUGACAGUUAGCCGUGUUUCCGUGAACAAAGGUUUUAUGCUCGCUGGAGUUGGUUUUUGCCUUUGCCUUUGGUGCGCCGAAUAAGUUCUGAUGAAGCGGCAAAUUUCGAGGCUGAAAAAAUAAAGCCAACGUGAAAGUGGCAAAAAACUGCAGUUCCUUGAAUGGCCACUUGAGGCUGGCUCGGUACACAAGUCAAUCACCUCAAACCCGAACUUAACAGCAGAAACAAACAUGUUUACAGCCUGUUACAAAACAGUUACGCAUAUUUAAGGGCAGGGCAGCUUUUAGUGACUGCGAGGCAUCACCACAGGGGCCGACUUGCUUGUAGGCUUGUUCACACGUCGUUGCAGACUAUCUGCCGACUCACCUCCGAUCCAAGGUGGCUCUCAAGAUCCUCUGCGACUUCAAAACUGGGGUGAAAAUCGUGUAAUGUGAACUAGGCUUAACUCACAAAACUGAUCACCUGUUCGCACUUCAUUAAUUCGUCUUCAUCUCAAGACCCCGUGUCCACCAAAGCGUUUUUUUCCAAACUGAAAGUGCUAGGCGCUCCUCAGGAAAUACCAAGCUGGGAGUGUUUGAGAGCACUUUUGCCUUGCAGCAUUUUUUUAAGCUGAGACGCUUUGGUUGCGUCUGAGAGCUGUGAUACAGAAUAUCCAUGGAAGUAAACAUGUCUAUACAAGGUAGAGUACUUUCUCUGGACAAGGAGAAGGCUGAAGCAUUCAGGUAGAAAGGACAGACAGGUCUGUGUGGGUUCAUGAGAGAAAACAUAUAAUUAUAUAUGUAUAUAUAUAUAUAUAUAUAUAGUGAGAGAGAGAGAGAGAGAGAGUAUAUAAACAUAUAUUGUGUCUAUUGUUGUUGAUCAGCACUUGUACAUGUAAGAUGUGAUGGUUUGUCUUUGGGUAUCUGUCUCUGGGUGUCUCUGAACUUUCGCUAAGCCCCGCCCCUUUGUGAUGGUCCAUCAAGUGGUCGGAGUAAGCAUGGAGCCCACACUGUAACUAACUGCACUCCCUGAAGAAAUAUUAUCAUAAUUUUGGAAAAAUGAAAGAGUGAUUCCAGAGAGAAGCAGACAGAGGGGUCUACAGUCUGUGUUUGAAGGAUAUAUCCAGGAUGUCAAACUGACUCAGCAGCAACAACAGGUUAAAAAGACAAAGAUAGUUAGAAGCUAAAGCCGAACUAUAGGCUACAGAUCACAGUGUAAAAGUGAACCACCACAUCACUGCUGAUCGCCACACAAGACAAUGAAAAUAAAGGGAAACUUUGCUGAUACUGAACCAGCUGUGUGGCAUCACAGUGUGUGCAGAUGAACGGUGUUCACUGGUUCCUGUACAGCAGGGUCGGUCUUUGUUUCACUGUUAUAAUCAUUAAAAAGCAAAAGCAGCAUGUGUAUACAUUCAGUAGGCUAUAUCUUCAGUAGCUAGCUAGCUAACCCUACACUUUCCAGGGUUUGAUUUUGGUUUUGGAACAGGAAAGAAACAUAUAUCUUUUUCCAACCUCUCCAGGUAACGAGUAUCAUUAAUACACGACGUGCCCCAGGCACAACAUUUAGCUCCAAAUCCACAAAACCUGCCUGAAAAUGAAGGAAAUCUGAAACGACUGCAUUAGAGUCAAUGGAGCACAGCUGUGUUGUUGUCGGACCCUGGUCUGGGCCAGCCUGAUGCUACGCUAUGGUUUGCCAGUCUGCGUCUGGGGGUGGGACUUAAUGAAGGGUCAAUUGUUUGACCAAGAAGCAGUGAAGAAAUUAUGGCGCAAACUGUGGGACACAUACAUCCACAACUUAUCUAAGCCAAAUGUGAAAUGUUUGUUCAAAAUUCACCUGACAGUUGGAUGGAAACACGGCUAGUGUGAUGUGAUACUUCUGCAGACUGAUCUCUUGAAUUAGAAAUGAUUUUUGAUUGU